ACAUAUUUUAUUUUGAAAUUCACACCCAAUUCCUUUUUCUCUUCUCAUUUCUACAUUUUUCAACCGAUUCAACCCAUUCCAACUUUACACUGUUCAUCAUUUUUCUACCUAUUCCACAACUUCCCACUUACCAAAAACUUCACAUCUUUUAUUUUGAAAUUCACACCCAAUUGCUUUUUCCCUUCUCAUUUCUACAUUUUUCAACCGAUUCAACCCAUUCCAACUUUCAACUGUUCAUCAUUUUUCUACCUAUUCCACAACUUACUAAAAACUUCACGUCUUUUAUUUUGAAAUUCACACCCAAUUCUCCAAUAUUUCCUUUUCCCCUUCUCAUUUCUACAUUUUUCAACCGAUUCAACCCAUUCCAACUUUCAACUGUUCAUCAUUUUUCUACCUAUCCCACAUUUUUUUUUACCUAUUCCACAACUUACCAAAAACUUCACAUCUUUUAUUUUGAAAUUCACCACAAAUUCUCCAAAUAUUCUACAUUUCUCAAGUAAUUCAACACGUUUCCACAUCGUUCGGCAGCAUUCCCCGAAGAAGUUAUUCAUACAUUUCGCCUUCACACGCAAUUUCUCCAGAAAUUGCAAAAUUCUAGUUACAAAGGAAACUUUGACUUUGAAGAAACCUCUAUGACGUUUCUUUGAUAAGUGCAUGUUGCAUUUGGUGUAAUGGCAUGAUACUGACAGAGUCUUUUCUGGAUCAACAGAAGCAAAUUCGAAAAAUGGCAACCCCAGAAAACACUCCUCAAGAUGCAUACAAUGAGCUGAGGGCCAUUUACGAGACGGAGCUGGCGAAAGCCCGUGCGGCUCUGGUCUUAGAGGCCACAGAGCGUGAACGUCUGCAGGUGGAGUUGUCCAAGCUGAGGAUUGAUUUUGACGAGCUGGAAGCAAGGGACACGAAGAAAGAAUCCAAUCUGGCGAAAGCCCGUGCGGCUCUGGUCUCAGAGGCCACAGAGCGUGAACGUCUGCAGGUGGAGUUGUCCAAGCUGAAGAUUGAUUUUGACGAGCUGGAA